AUAUUUCCCAGAUAUUUUUAGAUGGCAAAGCAAUGAGAAACCAGACACGACACAGCAUUCAAUUUCACCACCUUCGACACACUACUGUUGGUUUUUUCUGUUACCGGACCACCCAAUCUCGGAAAAACCGUUGGCUUUACUUUGCUAGCGAAAAUGGCUGAAACGGAGGCCAACGGCGGCGAUGGCGGCGCCGGAACGGAGCUGGAAGUUCAAGAAACAGAGCAGAUUGAAGUAAUCGAGCCGAAACAGGGGAAAAAUGACGGCGCAGAACCGCCGCCGCCGCCGCCUGCGGCGGCGUUGAGGUGGGAGAGGUUUUUGCCGAAGAUGGUGCUCAGAGUUUUGUUGGUGGAAGCUGAUGAUUCUACUCGGCAGAUCAUUGCUGCUCUUCUCAGAAAAUGCAGUUAUAGAGUUGCUGCAGUUCCUGAUGGUCUGAAGGCAUGGGAGGUGCUGAAAGAAAGGCCCAGCAAUGUAGACCUAAUCUUGACAGAAGUUGAGCUGCCAUCUAUCUCUGGAUAUGCUCUUCUCACCUUAAUCAUGGAGCAUGAAAUCUGCAAAAACAUUCCUGUGAUAAUGAUGUCUUCGAAUGAUUCGGUUAGUAUGGUGUAUAAAUGCAUGUUGAGAGGAGCAGCAGACUUUCUUGUGAAGCCUGUGAGGAAGAAUGAGCUGAGGAACUUGUGGCAGCAUGUGUGGAGGAGACAAGCUGCAAACAGAAUUGAUAAUCUUAAUGGUCCAGUUUCUCCUACUAGGAAUGAGGAUUGCAAUGAAAAAGGGAGUGAUGAUGAGAACUCGUGCGUUAAGCUCGAGAUGGAGAUCGGAGGAGAAAACACAGAGCACGUCGAGGAAUCUGAACAGAGAUUUCGGGGCAGUUCUCUUCCUAUUCAUCUACAGAAACAAGAGCAGGAGGAUCAUAAUCGAGUUGGAGAUGGUGAUGAUAAUGAUAAUGUUAAUGUUAAUGAUGAUGAGGAUGAUCCUGGUUACCUGAAAUCUUCCAAACAAGCCAUUGAUUUAAUCGGAGCAUUCGACAAUUCCCCGAAAUGUGAUUACAGAAGUUCUUGUUCUAAAGAUAGUGCAGACAAGGUUGAGUCUUUACCCCCAUUGGAUCUUUCCUUGACAAGAUAUCCCAGUGGCUCUAUGAACAGAUUAAACCACUCAGAUGCGUCAGCUUUUACUCGGUACAUUAACAAAAGUGUGCAGCCCAGAAACUCGAUGUCCCCCAAGACUUGCAAUCGACACGAGGACUGUGGAACAGAUUCUGAUAAGCACCUGUCUGUUCACAAUCUCGAUGGUCCAACGAUGAAAUUCCACACACUUAUGCAACAGGCGAGAGCUGAGCCUGGGAGCAACGAAAUUGGGCUUCCGAUUCCAGUGAGAGGUGUGGGGUUUAAGGGUCUAGGAAAUGCCCACAGUUCCAUGAUGUCUUCUCCUAUGCAGAGCCCCGGUUCAGCAGGCUGCCCGGAUUCUCAAUUUCAGACGCCUUUGUUUCAUCUAUUAAACCAUCAAGGUGUGAGUUUUCAGCAGUCGUGUGGGCUCGUUGAUCAGAACACUGAUAACGACACCAGUCAGUCCAAGAAAAAAGAAGAGAACCACUCAGAACCUGCAGAUGAUCAAGGACAUUUUUCAUCGUUUACUGAUCAAAGUGCAAAUAGCAGAACCUCGGUUCCAUUAAUUAAAUCUACAGCCGAGUGUGAAAAAGCUCCUCUUGGUCAGGACGGGAGCUAUCAACAAUCCCAACGAGAAGCAGCUCUUACCAAAUUCCGAUUGAAAAGGAAAGACAGAUGCUUUGAAAAGAAGGUAAGAUAUGAAAGCAGGAAAAAGCUUGCAGAGCAGCGCCCUCGAGUGAAGGGACAGUUUGUUCGCCAACAGCCAAAGUGACACGAGCUGGUUAGUGAUUAGAACUCGAGAUAAAAGCUUUCCAACACUAUAACCCAAUGUUGGGACGAGCAACAAAGGCACGUAUUUCCAACACCAGUCAUGUAUGCACCCGAGAAUUCCAAAAGCAUUUUGUGUUUCUUAUGAUUUGCGGAUAGGGAAUUCGCUGCAUUUCUGUGAGAGUGAUGCCACCAAUGUUUUGGUUGGUCUUAUAAUAUUAUGAUAAGCUUUUGGAAUUUGACCUGUAGGCUAGCCACUAACCAGAACUCCGAUUCUUUCAUUAUAAACGCUUCAUGUCACCGCUUCUUAUAGCCAUUAAGUACUGUAAUUUUAAGGUUCAGAAGUAGCACCAAUGUAUAUCGCAACGCUGUAUAAUCAGUAGAAACUUGUUAGCAGAGUCUGACUAUGAUGUCUGUUUGUGGAGAAAAAAAGGGUAAGUUUAUCUACUUUUGUUGGGUUUCUUGCAAA